AUGUAAUUAUUAUUUAAGUGCAACAUUUAUCAAUGUAAUUGUAAGUUAAGGAAAAAUCUAACAAAAAUGGCGUGUAAAACUUCUUACGAACUACAUCAUAACUUCCCUAGAUUAGCGGAGGAGACAGGAUUUGCCUUUAAUACACAUAGACCGCGGAUUCACAUAGACUGGAAUAAGAUUAGACUAAUCGAUAUUGACAGUUUAACAAGAGACCGGAAAUUCACCCUGUUAGAACAGCAUGUGAACGACAUUUUGGACUGCGUGUUGGAGUCAGAAUUUGACGUCCGAAUACUUGACGAAGGUGUGGUGAAACUGUUCCGAUUGGCUCAGCUCGCCGUGGAGUAUCAGCAGUUCUGCCGGCACUAUCUCGACCGCAGCGUGUUUGUGCUGCGACAGGAAAUAGAUACGCUUGCACAGGAACUGGCUAACGCGAAAAAGGAUUUACAAGAAAAAGAAGACGAACUUAGAAAAUCACGAAGAAAAGGAAAACCUCACUACAAACCCCUUCUUCCUUAUGGGAACGAUAAUAUUGCGGCAAUGAUAUUAAAAACUCUCACAAAUAAAGCAGACAUCUUCCCGACUGCGAGCGGCGAAGUCCCACAGUACAACAAAUGCCACUUUUGUGAUAAAGUUUUUUUGAACCCACUUUACCUUAAAAGUCAUAUUUCUAGGAGACAUGCGAACCUUUUAGAUGAAAUUCCAGAAAGAGACAUGAAGGAAACUAAACCCACGGAAGUAAAUAAAGUUGGCAAUGAAAAUAAUAAGCUCAAUGAAGAGAUAAAUCAACUAAAAAUGAAAAUAAAAGAAAUGGAAAUUUUAAUCACUAAUAAUAAUAAUAAAGUUUUGAUAGACAGCGAAGUGAUAAAAGACAAUGAGCGCGUUGAGAGUGAUAAAUCUAAAGAAAUGAGAGAUGUCGGGGUUUACGCUAAUAACGAUGACGUGUUUAAAAAACUCGAAGAAUGGAAAAAGACAGAACAAGCGAAUCACACUAAAGAAAUCGAUAUGUUACGUAAUCAAAUAUUCGAAACAUUAAAUAGUUUUAAAGUGAAGGAAAUUGAAAAACCUAAUGAAAGUGACAAAUCCAUAAUCGAACAACUACAUAAGACAAUAAAAGACCAGGGCGCAGAAAUACUAUCAUUGCAGCAGGCACUUACUAAAACAAAAAUGAAAAGUGACAAUGAUGACAUUGAACGUAAAAAAGAUAUUGAGGGACAAAUGUUACACUGGGUGCGGCGGGACGAAGCUCAAUCAAAGCAGUACGAAAUGCUGGUUCAAAAACUAAACGAAGUAGCAAAGGAAGCACGGGAAUCACGAGCAGCGGCCGAGGCGGAGCGCCAGCGAGCAGGACAACUGGAGGCUCUGCUGAAGGAACGCCUGCGUCACACGCACGCCAGCGGCUCCUCAGACGGCGGUUCGGUUUCCAAUAGACAGGAGGAAUGUGAUGAUACUGAUCCAAUAGACGAACCAAAAAUUAUUAAGACACCAAACCCGGCCGUGAAGCAUAAUACCUUAGAGCAGCUACAUCGUAAAGCUCAGGAACUACUGAACAUGGAUUCGAGCAGUACAUCUGAUGCUUCUAGUUCAGAAAGGUUUUUCAAUAAUCAGACAAUAAAGACAACUACAAAGACAGUAAGCGAAAAGUCUGCAUCAAAAGGACGCGUGAAGAAGUACUUAAAGCAGCACGAGGAUAACACGCAGUCAAAGAAAAUUAAUACAGAAACGAAAGGAAUUGCUAUUAACAAAACCAAUGACAAGACAACAGUUGCCCAGAAACAAAAAAAGACAAAGAAAGAUUCAGUACAAUCCCAUCAGAAGGAACAAUUAAAACCAUCCCCUCAUUUGAUUAUGAAGCAACAAAACGGGCCUAUACUUCCACCAGGAAGCCCUCUAAAAGUGGUUCGAGCAAAAAUUACAGAAGAAGUUAACAGUAGACUUGUGCAAGCCGGCGUGGACCCACUCAAGAGUAGACUAAACCAGAAUCUUUUUCAUAAACAGAAAGCACAACUACAACAGCAAUUAGAAAUAAAAACGAAGAAAUAUCCUGCUUACGAACAAGUAAGAUACACCAUUAUGGCAUAUUUGGAUUCAGAUGCUUCUAGUAAAAAGGGAGAUGUUAUUUUAGAAAACAAUAUGACGGCUACUAAUGCUCUGACUAAAGCAUUUAGUCUUAGUUCUAUGAUAUCAAAUGUUAAAACCAAGGCUUUAGCUUUAGUUAAAAACAAAGAGGUAAAAACCAAGAGUAAACACAAAAGCUUUGCCAAAAAAGCCCUGAGGUUGCUAAAGACUCCGCCUGAAUCCCCAGUAGUUUCAAACGUUCGUCACUCGAGCCCAUCGGUUUCUGAUGAAGACGAGAUUUUCGACAGGAGACUCGACUACAAGACGACAACUGAAGAUACAAAUGUGAAGCCUCGUCUAAUCAAAAGAAAAACGAAAUUGCAAAGUCAAAGUCACUUAGAAAGUGAUUCAGAUGACACUCCACCUAAUAUUACUAAUCCAUCUAUACCCCAGAGGCCAGCAAGGUCUAUAGACAACUUGAUAAGGUCUCCGGCACGAAGGCCCUCAUCAGCGACUGCAGACUAUAGUAAUACUAUUCUUAAAUACAGUAGCCGUAGUAACGACGAUCAUCUGAUUCGUACUCAAUCAGCGACAGACAUUUUGGAAUUAAGAGCUGAAGAUAGAGAAAUCAAUAAAAAAGAGCAGAAAACUUCAAGUAAUUAUGAUAUUCAAGAGCUUUUGGAGAUUAACAGAGUACCUAAAACUGAAAGUAAUCGUAGCCCUAAACAAACCAAGAGCGUUCUGAAAAAUGCAUCGUCGACAUCGUCACUCAAUAAGAAGAAAGUGAUAUUCGAUAUGGAUGCUAUACAAAUGAAAUCAGUUAGCGCGUCUCCUUCACAAAGCCUAACUGAAAAAAGCGACGAUAAAUACGAACUGGGGUUGAUCAACAUCGGAGAUGAUGAAUGGGAUAUAUCUAGCAUCGAAAAUGAACCCAUAAAGAGUGAUACCAAGAUACGCGUGAAUGUCGGACAAAGUCCAAAGAUAGCUGAACUAAAGCAAACUAUAGAAGCUCAGUUAGCACGUCGCAGUGAGACACCUUCCACCGCACUUUUUGGAGGAGUUGACGUGUUAAGAGGGCCUGUGACAAAGUCUUCCAACGUUGGCGGGAGCAACACGAGCCUCGGCAGCUCAAUCUUGGACGAGUCGGACAGUGCCAAAGUAUUGGGCCAAAAAAAUAUAAGCAUAGUCAAACCAAAACACAACGCUGAAAAAGAUGACAGUGAAUUGGAUAUUUCUGAUUUUAGCGUUGAUGGAGUAACUAAAAAGAAUGAAAAAGAUUCUUUUUAGAAU